GCGUCCUCCUCCCAUCCUCCCUCCUCAACCUUCUGCACGCACAUACGUCGCCUCCGCAGCAGUAAGCUACAGCCAUGUCGAAUAACUGGACGGACGGUAUCGUCCUCAAGGUUGUGAACAUCCUCUCUUUCUUCCUCUUCCUGGGCUCGAACGUGUGGACGAUUGCCGCCCCCAGGGACAUCUACUACACCGGCAAGGAGACGUACAUCACCCCCGCCCCAUGGGCCUUCGUCAUCUGGACUCUCAUCCACCUCUUGCUUCUCGGCACGGUAAUCUACCAGUUCACUCCCAAUGGCAAGCGUGUCAUCGUCGACGGCAUUAGCUGGCGCUUCCCCCUCCUCGCCGUCCUGAACUCCAUCUUUGUGAACCUGUGGGCCACGCACCACUACAUCGCCGCCUUCAUCUUUGCUCUCUUCGUCAGCUCUUCUGUCACUCACAUCUACUACGUUGUGAAGAAGCAUCACGCUCCCUCCAGCGCCGGCGAUGAGGUCUUCGUCCACCUGCCCUUCUCGCUCUGGCACGGCUGGACUACAGUCCUCGUCGUCCUCGCCGCGUUCGAGGCGUUCGGCAACAACGUCCACGACCGCCCCGCCGGCGUCUGGACCAAGGUCUUCGUCUUCCUCGGCCUGUUCUUCCUCGAGGGCACGGCCGCGACCUACGCGUUCUCGACGCCCGAGGGUGACCUUCCCGCCUCGAUCGCCAUCACCUGGUCUCUCUGGGCCAUCUUCGCGCAUCAGGACGUGCACCACUCCGGCUUCAUCCACUGGUCCGCGCUCGCCUUCGCCAUCCUCUCCCUCUUCUGGGUUGUCAAGGGCGCGUACGGUCUCACCCAGCGCUUCCGCAGCGGCGCUAUCGCGCUCGAGGAUCCCGAACGCGCGCCCCUCGUCGGCAGCAACUAAAGAUCCCGUUAGGGAUGCGCGUUCUCGCCCCGUCUCACCCUAUCCCGAGGCCGGAGAAUGCCGAGACCCAUAUAGUUCGCUUGUGUGCACGCUAUUCGGUUUAGGUGGGAUGUAGCGGGAGAAUGAUUUACGUUUUUUGACGCCCGGAAACAAAAGAAAGCACGGAAUGCAUAGGUUGUCUUGUUUGAGCAUUGUUGGACUGUAGUGUACAUUCUAUUCUAUCAUGAAUCUACUUUUGCAUUGCCCUUUGUGCCUUGUCUACAAGUGCAUGGAAAGUAUCAAGCUGAUGCUCCAGUUGUGAUAAUGGCUGGGCGUUUGUUAAACAGGGCCGUCGCCAAGCCGACCCUGUGAAAGGUAUGUGACAGGUGGGAAGGGUCGCUUCGUACUUUGAUGCCAUCUCUGGAGCAUCACGCACGAGCAAACAAACACGAUGAGGAGCGCAGCGUCAAGUAGGCAUACUUAAAGGGCUGAUAGUGUCCGCGAAGGAGCCCAUUGCUAUGCACAGCAGCGCCAAUGACAAAGGACAGAUGAACAACGGAGAGUGGCUGAAUCAGUUUUGGCCGGAUCGGGAGGCGGCAGGUUUCGGAAGAGCCGGCAGGGCGUGGGAAAGCAUACCAUCAUUCUGGAACGUUCUUAGCCACGACGCUGAUCCCUUCCCCUGCGUUUACUCCCUCUCUUUCUAGCUUGCAGAUGACUGGCCAGGGCGGAGAGGCGUCUGAGAGCACCGAGAUGGUUGGCUAGGGACUAGCAGAGAGGUGAGGGGCAGCAUGGAAGGAGGAGAGGACAAGGCUUGACGGUCGGACCAUAGGGAUGGU